CAAACACUUCCCUUUUCUUAGCCGUUCGAACAUUAUUACAAUCAACAAAACAAAACAAGAACCACUCUUUCGUGUCGGAAGAACAACGAGAAGAAGAAAAAAAACCAAAAGAUGGCGAUGACGUCAGCAUCUUCGGUGUUUGUUUUGACGGCCAAUGUCACGGCGGCCGCCGGCGCUUCAUCGUCCAGGAACUCCGUGUCUUUCUUGCCGAUGAGAAGCGCUGGUUCUAGGCUCGUAGUCAGAGCAUCCGAAGAGGCGGCUCCGGCAGAAUCUUCAUCGGAAGGUGCUCCGGCAGCUGCCGUUUCUCCGGCUGGAGCUGCUGCCACCAAACCCAAGCCACCUCCGAUUGGCCCUAAGAGAGGGUCCAAGGUCAAGAUUCUAAGGAAAGAAUCCUACUGGUUCAAGAACGUUGGAUCAGUUGUGGCCGUUGAUCAGGACCCAAAGACCAGGUACCCGGUAGUGGUCCGGUUCGCGAAAGUGAACUACGCCAACAUAUCGACCAACAACUAUGCAUUGGACGAGAUUGAAGAAGUUAAAGCUUAAGGAGGUGUAAACGAGAGACCUAAAAGAAUUGUGUAUUUUGGUUUACUGUUUAUACCGGUCUAUCUGUUUGUAACUUGACCCGAACCGUAUGUACCGAAAAGUUUUACCAUUAUUUCUCCUCAUCUGAAUCUUGAGUCGGCAUCCUAAAUUUUUUACAAA